UCUUAUUAAUUCUUUAUCAUGUGUUUGUACUUGCAAUUAGUUAAAAAAUGUGUUAAAAUAUACAGUCAAAAGCAACAACUUUGUUGUCAAAGAUUUAAACUAUUUAAAAAGCUAACCAUGAGUGGUCCCGGCCCUUCAAAGUCAGCGAUAGAUAAUGCAACUGCAAGUAGCACUGCAAGUAACGUCAGUUCGAUUCCAAGCAUAAGCCAAGCGGAUUUUGUCAAUCCACAGCAGCAACAUGUCACUGACCAACCACUGGCAUAUAGCUAUCCGGCUCAGCCUGUGCAGUUCCAGGAUACCGUCAAUGUGGUCUACUCAAAUUCUUCUGAUAAUCGCAGCUACAUACCUGUAGAUUCGAUUACUAACAGCAUAAUUAAUUCUACUGGUACAGGUGAUAAUAUGGCAGUUAUAAUGAAAUCCACACCACAAAAACUUCAAUCUUUAUCUCCAGUUUCAACAGUGACGCUUACAGGACAGGUUUCUAAUGCAUCGGUUGCAACAAAUGUUAUUACAAUACCUAAACAAAUGGCACUGAGCGGUAUCACUUCUAUUAACUCUUCUCCAACAAUUAUGCCAACAAAUGUACCUUUGCUAAGUUUGAACACAUUACGGCCACAUACUGUGCAAGAUGGAAUGAAUAAAAAUGUGCAAAAAGUUUUAUUACCUGGAGUCAUUGGCAGUCGAGCUGUUACACCAGGGCUUACUUUACAAUCUCUUCAACAAGUACAAGGUGGUCAUAUAUUAUUGAAAACUGACUCUGGGCAUUACCAGUUACUGCGUGUAGCUUCCCCUGGUCAAGUAUCUGGCUUUACUUCAAAUACUGGAAAUUAUAAAAUUCAAAAUAUACCGCCAGCAGUUUCUGAAAGCAAAGUUUCUAUUGCUGGUUCACAUACUACUCCUGUUCAAGCAACAACCCAAUCACAAGCACAACAAAAAAUUCAAGAUACUACUAAAGAAAAAUGUCGCAAAUUCUUGGCCAAUUUAUUAGAUCUUUCGAGGAAAGAGUCAAAGGCCGUGGAAAAAAGUGUGCAUGUUUUAAUUCAAGAGUUAGUCGAUACUAAAGUAGAGCCAGAGCAAUUUUGUGUUAGGCUUGAAAAGCUUUUGAAUGCUUCACCACAACCGUGUCUUGUUGGUUUUUUAAAGAAAAGUUUGCCAUUUUUAAGACAAUCUCUCAUAAAUAAAGAGUUGGUGAUUCAUGGUAUAAAAACUCCAAAAAUUAAUGCUGUGACCCAAGCUACAGUUACAACUAAACAGCAAGUUAUGAAUACACAAAUGGUGAGCAAUGUUUUAAGUUCUGCUACAGUUCAACCAAGUUUGAGAAUGAUGGCUAAUCAUCCGACUUUAACACCAACAAGACCUAUCAGCUCCACUAAACAACAUAGGAUUAUCUCACAACGAGCAAGGGUUCAAACUCCAUUUGGUAUUACUUCCAUUAAUAAAAAAAUUGGGUCAAUUCGUAUUCCACCUCCAUUAGCUACCUCACAAACUGGUUUGUUGCCUUUACCCCUUACUACGGUUUCGCUACCACAACCAAAAAUAAGUAGUAGACAAAUGCUUCCUAAAGCCACACCUUUAAAGAAUGUUGCUGGAUCACAUAAACAGAUUAAAACCACUUCAACUACAACUAUGCAUUCAAAUAAAAUGCCCAUUGAUCAACCUUGCACACCUCUGACUCCAAAUGUAUUAACUCAACCAGCGACAAUUAACAAAGUUAAAAUAACAUCUGCUAAUGAAACACCUCUGGCCUCUUCUUCCAAACCUCCUUCAAAAGAAAAAAAACAAUUUGCAUCAACUUAUGUGCCUGAGGAUGAUUUUAAUGAUGUUGCUGCUAUGGGUGGAGUAAAUUUGGCAGAAGAAUCAUAUGGAAUAUUAGAAUCUGCUGAGUUUGUUGGAACUCAAAUUAGAUCAUGCAAAGAUAAAACACUUCUACCACAAAACUCUUUGACUGCAAAAAUUAAAAAUAUUGGGUGUUUCAAAAGGGUUCAUCUGAUUUCAAAAAAUCGAUGUCGCUUUUUUUCAAGUGACCUAUCAUUAUGUCAGAGCCAGCAUUGAACGGGUUAGCCAUUGACCAUAGGACAAGCCAGUAGUGUCAGGAAAGGGCAAAACCUUAUUCGCCAACACCGUAUUUUUAAUAUUUUGACGAAUCACGUUUCCGUACUUUUCCCUUUCCUACCAAAAAAAACAGUUAUAAUUCAAAUUAAUUGAUGAAUUACUUAAUAUAAUUUUACAUCAGUAGAUCGUGGAUUUAAAUGAAUCGUAUAGGAAUUAGUUUUCAGACAAAAUAAAUAAACUCGUGUACGAAAUUUUUUGCCUAUUAGUUAAAAAGGUUUAUUUAUAAAGUUUAAAAGGUAAAAUUCACAUCCACCUAACCUAAACUACUAGCAUCUGAAAAUAACUUCUCUCUUGAGAUAAUGAUGAAUAGGGUGAAUCCUCUCUUUCAGAUGGUUUGUCCGUCACAAAAUACGAUUUUAAGAUUUAUAGCCUACUGAAAUCGGAUGAAUCUUUUUGGGAGGCUUUAUAUUUAAUAGAUGUUUGGCUUUAAAAUAUGUGCAUUUUUUUUUUUGCAUGGAACUUGCUUGAAUCAUUUUAUUUUUUAUUUUAUACCACUUAAUAUUUCAAUAAUUUAUUCAAAUAUUUUAUUUUAUUUUACAUCAACGAACAUUUUCUUUAGAGAUUCUUCACGUGGAUAAUAUUAUUUGCAUGUACAUUUUUAACCUUGGAUAAACUUAUGUUGUUUGUCUAAAUUCGAUUUACCGGAAUAAUGUAAUAAAUAUAAUGACUGUACGAUAACCAGUCUUUAAUAAAUAUGUUUUGAGUAAAUCGCAAUAAAAGUUAUAAUAAAGAAGUACGAGAAAUGUGCCUAUGGAAAAAAAAUAACAUUACAGUCAAACCCUCACUUUGCGAAAAACCUUAAACGCUAAUAUUCAAAAAUUUAUUGAAAAGUGCUAACGACCAGUCAUUAAUUUCAUUACAUUAUCCCGCAUUAAAUAACAGAUGUGGAAGGAUGUGGCUAAUUUGAACACGGGACAAACUUAAACUGGAUUCAAUUUCAUUGGAAUGAUCAUUAACCAACUAUCAGUAUUUUUCUUAAAUCUUUUGGACUACUAUGAGCAAGUUAAUUAAAUCCAGUUGAAAUCUGCCUCAUCCUUCCAUAAAUCAAAGAUUUAAGUUAUUAUUUGACUUUUAAACAUUACCAACUAAAAUUUAACACCAGCCUUUAAAACAAUAUUUUUGACUUGAAAAUUAAACAAUUGAUUUUGAUAAUAUAAUGCAAUAAAGAUUUCAUUAAAAGCUUAUUUAACUAAAAAAAUUACUUUAUAGAAAAAUGUAAUUAAAGUAAAGUGUUGAGAGUUAACAACUCAACUAUUAGGGUAGUACGCCGUUCAAAGACUUGUGCUAUGUUAUGAUUUAUGUGUAAGUAAAUUAUGUAGCAGAAAAAUAAUGAUUUGGUCUAUAAAAAUUUGGUAAUAAUAACUUUUUAAUUUGGGGUUAAAUUGCACUAACAAUAAUAAUAUGGUGUAUCAUUUGCUUAUAAUAAAGACAAUUUCACGAAUACUGUUAGAACAAUACUUUUUUUGCACACUUAUGACUGAUCAACUAUAGAUUAAAUUAAAUAUGUAUUUGACAUAUGUGAAUUAUAGUUGAUUUACUAGAGUAUGUGAAUAUAAUUAGUAACCUCAGGUACAUCAGAGCUAUAGAAAUACUUCAAAUACUAACAGAAGAAACAACAUAAAAUUAAUUGAAAAAAGUGAGAACUACUUAAUAGAAAAAAUUAUAAAUUUUAAGUAUUUCUAAAAUUACAUACAGUACACAGACAAACAUAAAUUUGAAUAAAAACAAAAUAAAAGGUAUUAAAAAGUGUUAAAUCUAUAUCGCAGAACAAUGUUUACGCCUUUGCAAGAUGUACAUUUUUUUGCUGAAAUUUUGUGUGAGUUCACGGCUUCACGGAUAUGGCUGGAUGGUUGCACUUAAAAUGUAUUCAAC